UUAUUAAGGCGAGUCCUCUGAGGGACGAACCCAAACGGACCAGGAAGCCGAUGGACACAGUGAACAGCUGACAUGUAACUCAGUCCAUUUUAAACGUUGUAGUCAUUGUUCAUCAUCUUGUUGAAGGUAGUUUCAAAACGAGCUCGUUUCAAGCGGCUUCGCUGUUAUUUCCAUCGUCUCUGGACUUCAUGAAUACGGACUUGGAGGAGCAGGAAGACGAGCUGCUCGCCCUACAGAGCAUAUUUGGUUCGGAUGAGUUCCUCCGAAAUGAGUCGAAGUCUGCGGGAGAAUUCCGAGUUUCCGCGGAGCUGCCAGCGGGAUUCACUGUGCUCCUAAAACACGGUGGAACAAUAAGGCAGUAUGACGUCUCUUUCCUUCCACCGCUGCUUCUGACCUUUGAACUUCCUGGAGAUUACCCGUCCUCCGCCCCUCCCGCCUUCACUCUGACCUGCAGCUGGCUGACUCGCCCACAGCUAAAGUCCCUGAGUGAUCACCUCACAGAUCUCUACCAGGCCACUGGGGGCGCUGUGGUGCUCUUCUCCUGGAUCCAGUUUCUGAGAGAGGAAGCCCUGAAGCAGCUGGACAUACACGAUCUGCUGGAGCUUCCUUCUGACCAGAACCAUUCUUCCUCAGCUGCAGACAGAUCUGAACUUCCUGCGUCUGUUCCGGCCGGAGAGGAAGUCGUCCAGGCCGGAGAGGAAGUCGUCCCGGCCGGAGAGGAAGUCGUCCCGGACGGAGAGGAAGUCGUCCGGGACGGACAGGAAGUCGUCCCGGACGGACAGGAAGUCGUCCCGGACAGACAGGAAGUCGUCCCGGACGGACAGGAAGUCCAAAGUGACCCUGGUCUCUCUUUGACUGCGUCUCAGAUUCUCCUGUCCCAGAUUUUGAUCCAUGACGCAGAGCAGAAACAAAAGGUGUUUGCUGCCACACCCUUUGACUGCGGCGUGUGUUUCUCGAUCCGGCUCGGGUCCGAGUGCGUGCAGCUGUACAAGUGCAGCCACAUCUUCUGCCGGGCCUGUCUCGACGAGUUCUGGAAAGCCCAGAUUACGGCGGGGAACGUCCGCGGCGUUACCUGUCCUCAGAUAGAGUGCUCUGCCAUGCCAAUACCUGCACAGGUGAAAAGUCUUGUAGGAGAGGAGCUCUUUCACAGAUACGAUCGUCUUCUGCUUCAGUCUACCCUGGACAUCAUGCCUGACAUCACAUAUUGUCCUCGGCUCACUUGCGGUUCUGCUGUGAUCUUGGAGAAGUCCAGCCCAGCAGGAAUGUGCUCUGUCUGCAGCUUUGCUUUCUGCAUAGACUGCAAAAAAACAUACCAUGGAACAAGCAAGUGCUAUGAAGAACCUGACUUACCUACAGAGAAGAGUAACGAUCUGCUGAUAGCUGCACCAAAUACAGAAGACGGGAUGCAGGCGCUAAAGGAGGAUUACGCUAAAGGCAGCAAGCGGAGGCGUCGCCUCCUAGAAAACAGAUAUGGCCGAAAAUUCUUUGUUUACACCUUUGAAGAGCAUGUUAGCGAAAAAUGGAUAACCACCAACACCAAACCCUGCCCUCACUGCUUCGCCCCGAUACAGAAAGAUGGCGGAUGUCUCCACAUGUUUUGCACUCGGUGUGAGCGGCCGUUUAUUUGGCAGUGACUCUGUUUUAAUCAAACUGUGGACCGCGGUCGCCCCCUUGUGGCCCGCCGGAUACUGCACGUAAACGACCAUUUAUUCACCGUGACGUCAGCUCGACGUGCGACGCUACAGCUGGCUUAGCAAAGGAUUGUGUUUAAAAAUAAUAAUGGAUCGAACCGGAUACAAGAAAACACCAGGUUUUCCUGCAUGCAGAGUUUGGCAGAAAAAAACUGUUCUGAAGCAAGAGUCGUUCUGCUUCGACAUAUUUUUAUUCACGUAAACAUAAAAUGUCGACGUUCAUGAAAUUAUUCAAGUAAAAAGUAUUUGGUGAAAAAUAAGUGAUCAAAUUACCGUUAUUUCAUGUUUGAAAAUGACAUAAUCAGAUGGAGAUUUUGGUAUUUUAAGGACGAAAAAUACGAUAAUUUACUUUAGCAACAAGAAAUAAUAUCAGCCAAAAGAAAAAAAUUUCUAUAAAAAAAUAUACAAUUUCAACAAGAACUGCAGGUGUCUGCCUGGUGAAUUUCUGAAUUAAACAUGUUUAUUUUUCAUUCAGUAGGUAGAAAAUCUAUAACUUUUACUCAAGUAAGAGCAGAGAUUACUUCAUAAUAAAGUUACUUUUAAUUGAGUAGUAGUAAAAACCUGAGUAAUCUUUUUUAAAGAUUACUCAGGUAAAUGUAACUAGUUACUCCCCAGCUCUGUCUAAAUGAUCAGAGGAAGCCAUUCCUGACUGAUUCUUUUGAAAGGCUCUUUGUCGUGAACUAGUCUGUUGGUGAGAACUGUUCUUUGUUUUUUACGACUUUGCUUGCUUAAAUGUUAACAGCUAUUAUCUUUAUUUAAUUAAAAAUAAUCAGAAAAUAAAUGCAACUAA